CGCUCCCGCCUUAGACCGAUCCAUUUCUGGCUGUCGUUCCUUUGCUCUUGCUUCAACAGUGCUUGAACGGAGCAGGGUCGUAGCCGCAACCCGCACCAAUUUCUCAGCCAGCCUAAAAGCCGACGUCGAUUUGCGCCAUGAGCUCCCAGAUCCGCCAGAACUACCACACCGAGAGCGAAGCGGGCGUGAACCGCUUGGUCAACCAGUUCCUCCACACCAGCUACAACUACCUGUCCUUGAGUUUUUAUUUCACCCGGGAUGAUGUGGCUUUAUCCAAGUUCUCCUCCUUCUUCCGGCACCUCUCUGAGGAGAAGCACGAGCAAGCAGAGAAGCUCCUGACCUGCCAGAACCGCCGCGGUGGCAGAGUUGUCCUGCAGGAUGUUAAAAAGCCAGAACAGGAUGAGUGGAAUAAUGGAGCUGCUGCUAUGGAGGCUGCCCUUCAGCUGGAGAAGGGUGUGAACCAGGCUCUGCUGGAGUUGCACCAAAUUGCUUCCCGCCACACAGAUCCCCAUAUGUGUGACUUCCUGGAGACUCAUUACCUUGACGAAGAGGUGAAGCUGAUCAAGAAGCUGGGAGACCAUGUGACCAACCUCAAGCGUGUGCGUGCCAAGGAGGACGGUCUUGGCGAAUACCUUUUUGACCGUCUCACCCUGGGCGAUUCCAGCGACUGAAUCUAGAGGAGCCAGUACCCUCCCAACUCCUGCAGCCUUGUCCACCAAGCGUGUUGCUUUUGUUUACCCUGUUAUCUUGAAAGCUGGCUGCUCCGUCAAUGAGGCCUCUGUACCCUGCCACAACUUUAGGGAGGGAAAAAGUCUAACUGGCAUUAAAUAAACCUGGCAUUAAGCACUACUAAA